GGUGCAAAUCAGCCGAUGUAGAAUGAGAAAAAGCAGACAGAAGCCUCAACAGCUGAAGCGCUUCACGGUUCAGACAGUCUUUUCUAAACAGAGAGUAGAAGUUUUUAGAUUAUUGCGACUAGAAAGUGACUUCAAACAUACGUCAGUAUAAAAAUAAUAUUGUUGUGAAUCUAUCUCCCGGAUUGGAAGUGAUUAUGUAAACUUUGUACGUGCAGAAUAUUUAUUUUUCUUACCCGUGCAAUACAUCACUAAAUUACUAAUUAGAAAUUUGUUGGAUUUAACAGAAAAUUAAAUGAAAACAGCGGCUAUCGCUGUGCUGUCAUUUUUGACGUUUGUCAAUGGACACGACUACAGAUUACCGAAAAAUGUGAUGCCCGAAAAUUACAGAUUGGAGAUCAUCACUCCGCUGGGCGAGAAAGACAAUUUUGACUUCCAUGGAAAAGUAUGGAUAGAGACAUCUUGCGUAACUCCCACAAAAAACAUAACUCUGCACUCCAAAGACCUGGAAAUCGAAGAGGAGAAAGUGGCUCUCAAGGACAUUUCCAGCAAAGUCAUCAAAGAAAUCAAGGAGCUGAAAGUGACCUACGAUAAAGAAAACGACUUUUUGAUCAUUUUGUUGGAUCAACCCCUCACGGAGGACCACCGCUACGAAAUUUAUAUUCCUUUCAAAGGAAAACUGAACGAUGGACUUGCAGGGUUUUACCGAAGCAGCUAUGUGGAUAGCCACACCAAGGAAAAGAAAUGGCUGGGUGUCACUCAGUUCGAAGCUAUUAGUGCUAGGAGAGCUUUCCCCUGCUUCGACGAGCCAGAAAUGAAAGCUACAUUCGAUAUUUCUGUAGCUAGAAAGGACGGCUACAGAGCAAUCAGCAAUAUGCCCCUUCUUACUACUGAACCUAUGAAAGAAAAAACCGGAUGGUACUGGGACCGUUUUGACAUUUCCGUCCCAAUGUCGACCUAUUUAGUAGCCUACGUAGUGUCCGAUUUCCAUUACGAAGAAGCCGAGCCCUUGAAAGACAUGAACAACGUCACGUUCAGGAUAUGGGCCAGAUCUGACGCUCUGAACCAGGUUGAUUUCGCUAAAGAAGUCGGUCCAAAAGCCUUGAGGUAUUUCGAAAAGUUCUUUAACAUCGACUACCCCCUGCCAAAGCAAGAUAUGGUAGCCAUACCCGACUUCAGUGCUGGUGCCAUGGAGAAUUGGGGUUUGAUAACAUACAGGGAAGCCUAUUUGCUCUACGACCCUCAGGUAUCAUCUAAAGUUAGCCAGCACCGAGUAGCCAGUGUUAUAGCUCACGAACUAGCUCAUCAGUGGUUCGGUAACUUAGUAACGAUGAAAUGGUGGACUGACCUCUGGUUAAAUGAAGGUUUCGCGACCUACAUGGCUAGUUUAGCUGUAGAUCAUCUAUUCCCUAAGUGGAACUCUUUAGAUGCCGAAGGUGCUACAAAUAUUUUAAGCGUAUUUUCCUUUGAUGCUUUAAGGUCAUCUCAUCCAGUAUCAGUACCCAUUGGAAAUCCUAAACAGAUCGAUGAAAUUUUCGAUACAAUUUCCUACAAAAAAGGUUCUUCCUUGAUCAGAAUGAUGAGCUUGUUUUUGGGUGAGGAAACUUUACGUAGCGGAGUCAGCAAGUACCUUAGAGAUCACCGGUACCACAACGCUGAACAAGACGACUUAUGGCAAGCACUAACAGAAUCAGCACAUGAAAAAGGCACAUUGCCUAAAGAACUAACGGUAAAGACUAUCAUGGACACGUGGACUGUUCAAACUGGAUAUCCGGUUAUCACCGUUCAUAGAGACUACGAAAAUGAGACUGCUGAAAUCACCCAGGAACGAUUUCUGAAGGACACUAUUAAAGUCAAAGAUGAUACCAAACCCUGUUGGUGGGUGCCUCUCAGUUAUUCCAGCCAGUCCCAUCCAGAAUUCAACAUUACCACCCCUAAAUACUGGCUGAGUUGCCCAAAUGACCAAAAUCAGCUAAUCCAACACAUUGCGGGUCCAGAGGAAUGGGUCAUUUUCAACAAUAAAAUGGCUGGUAUUUACAAGAUCAAUUAUGAUGACAAGAAUUGGCACUUGCUGACCGAGGCGUUGAAAUCGGAAGAAUCCGAUAAAAUUCCUGUCUUGAACCGCGUCCAACUGAUUGCUGACUCAGCCGAUUUAGCCUUUGUAGGAAAACAAAACUACGAAAUAUUUUUCGAUUUGAUCACAUAUCUUGCCAACGAAACAGAGUAUUUGCCUUGGAGCACCGCACUAGGAAAAACGGGAGUUAUCAAAACUUAUCUCCAGAAAUCACCAUCGUAUGGUACUUUCAAGAAUUACAUGAAACAUUUACUGACUCCGGCCUACGAAAAGACCAACGGUUUAAGUUCCAUUGAAAAAGACGAGUCUGAUCAACUAGACAAUGUUAAAUUUCAUAGCUUGCUGGCCGGCAGAAGUUGUAAAUUUGGCGUAGAAAGUUGUAUACAUGAAGCAGUCCAGUUAUUUAAACAAUGGCAAGACGCUCCCGAUGGACACAAUCCGAUACCAAAAGACCUACGCAGCGUGGUGUACUGUACUGCUCUGGAACAUGGCGGAGAAAAAGAAUGGAACUUCUUAUGGGAGAAAUAUCAACACUCCAACGUGGCUACAGAAAAAAGCACACUACUCAGCGUUUUAGGAUGUACAAACGAACUUUGGAUUUUAAGCAGAUAUUUAGAAUGGUCUUUGGACGAUUCAAAAGUUAGGCGGCAAGAUGCUGGUAGUGUUUUCAGUACAGUAGCUUCCAACGAAGUGGGAUACUUCAUCGCCAAGAAUUUCUUGUUUGAAAAUGUCGAGAAAAUCUUUAAACAUUUAGCACCAAAUAAUAGGAGAAUUAGCGGAUACCUGUCAUCGGUGGCCAAUAAAAUGACACAAGAAAAAGAAGAACACGAGCUGGACUACUUCAUUCAUGCCCACAAGGAGAAAUUUUCCGAGGUGAAACAGGGCGUCGACCAAGCUUUAGAGACCGUCAAAAUCAACAUUCAAUGGCAAAAGAAACACGCCAAAGAAAUCGAAGAAAUCCUGAAAAAAUUCUCGAAAGAAUAAGGAAUUUUACGUGGUGGUUUUUUUAAUGAGACAAGUGACUGUUGGUAGGGAAAAUGACAAGAGUCCUUAUUUAAAAAGAUAUUUUUUUAUUUAAAUUAAAUUAUUGAUUCGUAAAGAAAAAAUUACAAAUAUUUAAAAUUUCCGAUUUUCUCUCUUUUAUACAUAUUUAUAUAUAAUAGUAUAUUUUGUAUCGAUUUAAUUAGUGAUAGAUGUACUUAAUUUUUACAUAUCAGCACGUGUGAGAUGAGGAAAUAAAGAUAUUUACAACAAA